AUGUCCUCGUCUCUCAUUCUCCGUUCGUCGCUGUCAAGGUCGCUUGCUCACCGUCUGGGCUCGAGGAUUCCCGGUGCUGUGGCGGUCAGGCAUGCGUCUGAUUCAUCCGCAUACGUUCCCGGUGGACCUGUAUACAAGGGAACCGUGAACGACCCGACAUCAUUCCCGACGCCCUCAAGGUCAGCGGGCUCGUACCACUGGGCAUUCGAACGCCUUUUGUCGGCUGGGCUCAUCCCUUUGACUGCCGCUGCGUUCGUCACGAGCGGUACCAACUAUCCUGUUCUCGAUGGUGUCCUAGGAGUCAGCUUGGUCAUGCACAGUCAUAUUGGGUUUGAUUCGAUCUUCGUCGACUACCUUCACAAGCGAAAAUUCCCUAUUCUUGGGCCCAUCAUGACCUGGGGCUUGAGGACUGCGACUGUGGGUGUCCUUGUCGGAGUGUACCAGUUCAACACGAACGAUAUUGGUCUGACGGAGCUUAUUGCGAAAGUUUGGACCGCAUAG